CCCGGUUUUAAAAGCAUGCAUGUGUGCUUUGGUCUCAUCCCCGAAUUUGCUUUCUCAUCUGCAGGAGGAGUGAGGCGGGAACUCCCUGUGCAGGGAGAGGCACCCGAGGCAUCUCUCGUGGCAGCGGCGCGUGGAGCUGCGGCCCUCCUUAGGUCGUUGUGAAGCUCCCCACUUUAUGGUAGUAGACAUGCAUGGUAGACAGAAAAGUCUCUUCUAAUCCAGGAGGAACACCAGAAAAAAAAAGAAGUCAAGAGCUUCYCUAAAGCUGCUGAAACUGCUGACCUGGACUGUGACGAGUUCUCAGGCUUGUUACUGCUUGUAACUGCACAUUAGGCUAAUUCACCGUUUCAAGAAAAUCUUGUGUAGAGGUGGUUUUUACAGCAGCAUCCKAAAACUGGGCUCUAUAUUUUCUGUGUUUAAAUAACGUUCCCUUCCGCCCUAGCAGCUUGUCUCUCACAUCACUCUUCUGUUUUUCUUCUGUAGGUGGUUUCUUGUUUUCCACAYCAGGAUUGUACAUGUUUGGGACUGCUCUAUUUCUUCUGUCUUUCUUCAUUCUGCCAGGCUCACAUCUUGUUUUUUAUCCUCUUUUCAAUGAAACUUGAUGCUUCUGAUGCUUCUUUUUAUUGUUUUUUGAGAUAAUUAAGUGCUCAGUCUUAGGGUUUUUUUUUUUUUUAAUUUGUUCCCUUUCCUAAAAUGACUUAUUUAGGUCUUUAUUUUUAGAGAGGUUUCUGUGUUGUUUCAACUACAAUGUGUUGUCUUAUCCAUGUAAAGUUUAUUCCUGAGGAAAGUGGUAAACCAGAAAAUAUUGCAUGAAUCUUUUUCUUUUUGUGCUGACAUUUAAUUAGAAGGCAUUGAUUGCAUUAUAAGAGCUUAAUCUGAAGUAUGAAUUCCUUUGUUCUCAUCUAUAUUCUCUGUUUGAUUCUCUCUUAUCCAGGACAACUGUAUGAAAAGCUGUAGGCAGUGCAGAUGGCGGGGUCGGGCAGAGGAAGAGGCCGAGCUGCGUUUACCUUCAACAUCGAGGCCAUUGGCUUUGCCAAAGGGGCCUCUCUGCCCGAGGUAGCGUGCAAGCCCCCACCCCUGUUCCCUAGUACAGACAAUAAGCCAGUGCCCCUGAAAACAGGAGAAGACGAAGAUUACAUGUUGGCCUUAAAACAAGAUCUUAGAGGAACUAUGAAAAAAAUGCCUUAUUUUUUGGCAGUAGAAGAAGAUCAUGAAGUAAUAGAAAGAUACAGUAAAAAGUACCGGGAGAUUGAAAAGGAGCGUGCAGCAUGGAUCCCAGAUUGGCGAAGACUCCCAAGAGAGAUGAAACCAAGCAAAAAGACCAAGAAAGCAGGUACAAAACUAAAAAAGGCAAAAAGCUCUGCACCCUCUCAGCCUAAAAGUAAUCUGGAUAUGUUGAAAAAAAUUGAGGAGUUAGAAAAGAAGGAUGAGGAAGAAGAAAAAUCUGAAGAUGAGAAAGAGAAAGCCAAAGAUAAAGAAGGUGAAGAUGAUGAAGAGGCAGAAGAACCAGAAGAAUAUGAUGAAGAGGAACAUGAAGAGGAAAAUGACUACAUUUCUUCGUACUUCGAGGAUGGAGAUGAUUUUGGUGCUGGCAGUGACGACAAUAUGGAUGAAGCAACAUACUAGCUAGUGUUGCUUAGGGAAUACAACAUUCAAGCCUUAUCCCUUCCCCUAAAUCUGGAGGUAGGCAGGGUAUCACUGAUGGAGCUAACAGUUUAGCUGUUUUUCAUUUUAAAUAACAUACUGAACAUUUUAUUAUUUUACUGUUGCUAUAAAACAGAGCACUAGAUCCCAUGUUUUGUUUUUUUCUUGCCAAGUUUGGCAGACAUGAGCCAUUUUAAGGUUCCCUGGAAUAGCUAGCAUUGGAAUAAGCUAUGUACUAUUGUGUUGCCUCUGCACAGAAAAAAGAAUGUAUGCAUUUUAAUGGAACUGUGCCUAAGCAUUUGCACUAGUCAGUUCUAUGCUUUAGAAAUCAAACCUUGAAAACAAUGAAAUACUUGAUGACUCGAACAAAAUAAAGAUAGGGCCUUUAUGGAUAAACUGCUCAUAUUUAAGAGCUGCCUUCUCUGAAGUAACUUAUAUAACUUCUGAAUUCAGGUCACUGAAAAAAGCUAACCACUAAGCACUUUAUUAAACUGACUUGAAAGUACCUUAAUAAUAUGGACUAACAAUGAGAUGAGAGAAUAUAAGAGUUGUUAUUUUAUCAGCAGAAUUAUACUGAGCAUUUUGGUCAAGAGGCAAAGUACAUAUUUAAGAGUAUUAAUACUUUUAUGAACGGAUUCAGAAAGUAACAGUUAAGAGCAAUUUCAUUAAAAAUAUGUGGUUGAUUAGAAAAAUAAAAAGGAAGCCUAGUAUUAACUAGUGGUAUUAAAAGAGACACCUCAAUUUCUCCACCUGUUAAGGAGAAUACUAAUUCCUACCUCACAGAUCUGUUAAGUGAAAGGGAAUUUGCUAGCUAUCCAAGUGUCAAUGCAUUUAUUUUCUUUCCUAUAAAACAACAGAUAAGCAAAUCAGCAAGGAGGACAAAAAGGUAGGAAAAGGUGGUCGAGUACUUUGACACUUUAAGUCUUAAUUGGGAAAACAAGGCAAGAGUGCUGAGAACAGCCAAACUGAAUUUCUCAAAGCAAUUACAUUUAAGAAUACAGAUAAUCUGCUCCUGAGAGAAGAGAGUUGAGACACAGGUACCAUUCUCUAUAUUCCAUUUUCCCUCAAUGACACAAACUGCUUUACUGAUUUUUUCUACCUGGGUAAAUUUACUGGUUAGUAGGAACAGAAUGU